GAAGAUGGACAGCUUGAUGUCGGGGUCCUUCACGGGUCUGCGUGUGGCGCGAUGCGGGAAAUUGAGGGUAAAUAGUUUGACAGUCUCAGAGCUGAGGACUUUAUUAUUGUUAAGUGCAUUUCAGUUGAGAUUAACGAGAUGUUUUCAACGGAGGCAAAUUGUUGGUUUAUCCGGAAGGUAAUUUGCUGGAGAGCAGCGGCAAGCAUUGCUUGGGCUGUCCUGUUGUUGCCACCAACUACAGCAGUUUUUGUGAUUCUUAGCAAGUUCAGUCUUCUCCAUCCCAUCCAGACAGUAACGGAAUGCUUGUCGCUGAUGACGAGUGCCAGUGCGAUUUUCUCCUUCAUAUUGCUGGGUGGAGUAAUCAUAAUGGUUGGUUUCCUGAUCUUGGAGUAUCACACAGUAAUCCCCACCAUUGCCUGCUCAAAAAUUGCAUUGUUUGGUCAGCUGCUCCACCCUCGCCAGUUUGUCAGCUCCUUGGCCUAUUGCCUCAUGGGUAUGAUCGUAGGCUGGUGUUGUGCUGUCACUAUUGGCUUCAGAUAUGAGACGCUCUGCUACUCGUGUGCUCAGAGUGACGGUUACCCUCAGAUGUGUCUGAAUGAGCACCAUCUGGUCUUUCUGCUGACGGGAGCCUUUGUUGGGCUCUCGCAUAGUCUCCUGGGGGUAAUCCACAACUUGAACUAUGUCUCGUUCCAUAGUGUACAGCAAUAUAAAUACCUGCGCUUCAAGGGAUCUCUGCCUUUAGUGGUGAAGUUCAGCUCCUCUCAAGCAUUUUACUCUGUCAGGAACUUCAUUGCUUUGUAUUUCUUUCUAGGAUACAUUCCAAGAGCUUGGGUCUGUAAAACACUCAAUCUUCACUUGGACAGUGCUGUCCAUCCUCUUGACAGCAUAGCAGGACUGCUGGACCUCUCCCUGCUCUACCACCUCUGGAUUAGUGCCACCUUCCUCCUCUUUACGUGGUACAUCACACUGCUACUCUUUAGGAUCUUUGUCACUGAGGUUUACAGUUUCCCUGUGCAGCCGUCUUUUACAGAAGAUGCCCACCAGUGUCUUCCCAAAGUUCUUCCUGAGGAACAGCCAAAGAUUUUAAAGUUCCUAGCUCUGCAGGACUUGGCUCUCUUGUCUCAGCAUUCUCCAUCACGGCGCAGUGAAGUUCUGAGUCUGAGCCAGCCAGGAGGACAUCCACAUAACUGGAAUGCUAUUUGUAAAGAGUGCUUGUGUCUUCUGGCGGAUCUGACCCAGAGGCUUGUGGCCUAUCAUGAGACCGUUGCUAUCAACGGCAGAGCCAAAUCAAUGUCAAGUGGGAGCGAAAAGAGGAGUUCAUCUGAGACAUCAGGUACAGAGGAGUUGAGUCCGAGGCCUGCUUUUCUGAUGAAGACUCCAGCUUCAGUCUUUGCCCGCUCUCUGGCCGGAGGCCUGCAGAGCCCUCUAACGGCGCCGUUCACUCCUGACUUGGACAGCCCGUUUGCGUCCCCUGCUCUGCGGCGGCUCGCGGCUCCGGUGGAUCCAGGCUCGCCGUGGUACGGCACAGUGCAGAGCCCCCACCUCAUGCGGAGAGCACCGAAGCUCUGGUCCACCUCCACAGAUUCACACGUCAAUGGUAGCCCUCAGCCUUCGCCAGCUUCUCAUCUCAGUCCAAAAGAGGAAUCCUCCAAACCAAGUUUUCUCUCUCAGUUUCUGCAGAACAGAAAAGACCAGGUUAAAAAUUUCUUCGCAAAGCGGGUGCUGAUAAUGUAUUUGUUUAACAAGCUUCCAGAAGCCUCCAGUCAGGCCCUCUUUGCUGACAGCCAGGCUCAUAUCUGGGCUUUGGAAGGGCUGUCAUACCUUGUUCAAGCUUCCUUCUCAGAAGACCAGUUUGGAGUUGUUCAGACUACAUUACCCAGCAUCCUCUGCUCCAUGCUGCUGUUACAAGAGGCUGUAGACCGACACUUUAAGCUGCCUCAUGCCUCCAGCAAGCCUGUGAGGACAACGGGCAGCAUGGGAGACUCCACCUACAAAACCCUGCGCUUUGCUCUCAGGGCCACACUCAAGACCGCCAUUUACAGGAUAACCACCACGUUUGGAGACCACUUAAAAGCUGUACAGAUGUCUGCAGAGCACCGGAAAAGAUUGCAACACUUUUUGGAGUAUAAAGAAUAACUGCCAACCGCUUCAUCUGCCCUGAGUUUUGCCAUUAAAAGUGUGAGUGGUAUUUCUGUGUGUGUGCGUGCAGGAAAACAAUAAUAUUUCCACGAUAGCUGAUGCCUACCUUAAUAUUUGUGUCUACAGUGUGACAGCAGAUUGUUUUCAGCAGGCUUCAUCACAUCAGGAAGUCAGAGGAUGGUUAUGCACAAUGAUGUUGAUCGUCAGGUUUUGGGAGCUUUUUGAAAAAAAAUGUUUUUUUUUCCAGAAAUUCCAACAAAAUAAAAAAAUGAACUUUUUCCGUUUGGAUGAAUUGUAAAUGGCUGCGUUUUUCACUGGUUUCAUAUUUCAGCUGCUAUCCUUUUGAGACAAAAAGUUGGGAUGCUGAAGUUGUUCAGAAAAUGUGGUUUCAUAGAUCUGUUUUCUUCUGAACAACCUUCAGUGUGGCUCAUCAUCUCAGUCACUCUGAGUUUACAUGUGUGUGUGUGUGAGUGAAUAGAUGCUUAACUGUCAGUGUGAGUUUGACUUGUUGAAUAAAAAAAA